AUGGGAACCAAGAUGGAGAUGACCAUCUAUGAUAUAUAUAGAGAUAGGUUUAGAGGCCUAGAGAAGCAAGAGGGAAAAAGGGUGGAAAUCUUUAUUGUAGAAGUUGGUCGUGCCCGUUCAGGUUUCAAGGUAGCAAAAUCCAAAUUCAUACUAACUGCUACUGGCGAUACCCAAAUCCACAUCAUCGAUCCUCUGAACGAUCAAAUUUACUUUGAGUUCAAAGGCAUUCAUGAAAUCCCUCACAUGAGCUACAAGGAGAGAAAUUUUCCCAUAGUAUUUAAGACGGACGCCCAUUUUGAUGAUCCUGAAGGACCAAAGAUGGUGUUGUACAUAAAGGACAACAUGUUCAAUCCACGCUUUACGGAGGUAGAGGAGUUCAGACAAUCGGUCAAUAACAAUGACCCUUAUGUUCGGAAGUACGGAGCUAUAUGGCCUUUGUAA